AUGAGCGACGCGAGGAGGACUACUCAACGUAAGUUCAAUUCUUUCAUUCGACUGCUAUCAAUUGAUUUGUUUCAGAAAUUACUGAAAUGGCAAAGUUUUUAAAUGUGUUUUUGACUUUCGAGCAAGCUGCAGCAGUCGAAAAGGUGAGUUGUUUUCUUUGUUUCUCAUCGAAAUGCAAUUGUGUUCAGAUGAUCGCAUUAGGAGUCACUCCCGUAAAUCUUGUACGUCUGAUUCAAAAUCUGGGCGGUCCGAGUACGCAGAACUCACCGAGCAACCGUGAAAACGCCUAUCAUUAA